UCUAUUGAGAGAUUCCUACUCGUAACUAGGUUUCCCGAAGUCUUAAACGGUGAGGCAAUCCAAACCUCUUUUUACACCUAAGCUCCCAUCCGCCUCGGAAUUCGAACUGACGGCCUUUGGAUUGUGAGUCUAACUGCCGACCAGCGACUCCACCGAGACCCAGGGAGACGACUCCUACACCUGGGCUGAGCUAACGACCUAACCGAACUCAGGCCAACUGGGGUGAGAGACAACAACGCUUACCACUACACCACCGGCCCACGUAAAUUUAAUUAAAUUGAACACUCUCCAAUUAUUCGAUAGUGUAGAUUUUUCUACAAAGUUAAGAAAAGCGAUUAAGAAUUCCCUCAUGGGACCAGGAAAUAAUCAUUUAAGUUUUGAACCUUUAACGUGACAAACGCAAACAAAAUUGUCCCCAGCCAUGAAGAUCCUCACAACAGUCCUGUUGAUUUUCGUUGCUUUUCACCCAACUUUUGCUUACAAUGAAGAAGCGCUGAGCUACGUCCUGCGAGCGAUCGAGUACCUGGCCAGUGUCCACGCCGGUGCGUUCAGUUGUGUUUUGUACGACGUUGCUCCGCAACAUCCCUUCGACAACAUCUUGGAGGGCAUUUUGCAAGCACCCCGACUAGAACACGUCACCAAGUACGUGGUCAACGGAUCGAAAGCGCACCCCGAGCUGGAUGAUAUUGAUUUGGGCAGUAAGCUAUCACGAAAACCUCUUCUUUUGGUGUUAUACAUUAGAAAAGACUUUCUCAGUUUUGCUAAUCGUGGAACGAAGAGAAACAUUUCUAACUUCUUUUACGAGUUUGAUCCAACCACUAAAGUGUUAGUUCUCUUCGAACAUGGUACUCGAUAUGUAGUGCAGGAAAUUAUGGAUCUGGUCCAGAAUAUUAAAUUUACCUAUUCUGUGCUUCUGGACAUUCAGACUAUGGCUAUGGUCUAUGAUAAUGGGUUACAUUACAGAAGAUUACCAAAGGUACCGCAUCCAAUGUUCCUAUUCGAGACAGGUCGUCGUUGGAUGGCUGGGCACAAAAUACGCUAUAUAAGCGAUCCUUCUGGAAGAUGUCCUUGGACCAUACUUUGGCUCAAGGAAACAGCUCGUUACUUGCAUACUGAAGUUUAUAAGAUUCAGCAUAAUUGCUCGAUAAAAUCCAGUGACGGAUUUAUAAGGUGCUUAAAAAGCCUCCCAAAUGGUAGAGGAAAUUUCGAUUUGAUGCUUAUUCCAGGUUGGAUCACUCCGUACAACUUUAAAUAUUAUUACCAAGUGAUUACAAAGAUUCCUGUGGGUAUGCGGAUAGCAGUGCCCAGAGAGCGGCCAUUCAAUUACGCUGAACUAAUCCUGAUGCCGUUCACCGGGCUCGUCUGGACAGUUCUUGUUGCUGUCAUUGUUUCAUCCGAAUUAGUUAAGCAUUUCUAUCCCGAGCAUUUCAAAAAUGAUCCAUUUCUGCUGGCAGUGUGUGGCUUUGAGCGACACAAUCUCCACCAAGCAGGUCGAUGGGAGAAGAUCAUUUUCCUGUCACUGAUUAUCAUGAUGUUUUUUGUAACAAAUGCUUUCGAAACAAAAAUUGUGUCGUUUAUGACGAACAGGCCAUCACCUCAACGGAUAAAGACAUUGGACGAUGUGUUAAACUCGGAUGUUAAGUUCUACGCCGACUAUGAGAGUAAUCCACAUUUUAAGAGAAAUUUUGCCAUUGGAAAAAUGCUGAGCCAGGGUACGCCUCCAGAUCCUUUCGAUAAUACACCUGGUGUUGGGGUAAUUGAGCAAAGUGAUUUUGUUGAAACGAUUCAAAAAACAGUUUUUGAUUAUGAGCGAAUGCAACUAUUUUACGUACUAGUGGAUUACAUAAGUUUUGAAGGACCUGAAGCCUACAUGGCGAAUGCGCGAUCUCUUUUUCUGGAGCCAUUUUCCACCGUACAUGAGAGGUUGGUCGAAGCUGGGCUUUUUACCUACUGGGAACGUGAUUGGAUGGCCACACUACAUUUCGAUUACAGCGGACUAAGACCCAGAGAAGAUUUCAGUAGCAAAACAGACCUCAACUUUGAUGACCUGCAGCUGGCUUGGAUAGUGCUGGCGAUUGGGUUUGGAUUUGCACUGUUGGGAUUUCUUGGUGAACACGGAAAGAAAUUGUUGGAUUCGUGGCGUGAAUCUGAACACAUUCAACAAUGUCUACGAAAAUGCAAAACAAGGACAAACUCAAGUGAUGCUGAUAACUAAGAAUUUAAGAAAG